GGCCGAGGGCUCUGUGUUCCGCGACGUGGAGGGAAGACGAUCGUGCUGUAGGGCCGGGUCUGCAGCCGUGCUGGCUCGAGCAUGCUGGAUCAAAUGGGGGCAGUGUGCUAAGGGUGGUGGGUGUCGUUGAAUCGGCGACGGCGGCGCAGCAUCGAUCGCCAUGCCAGGGCAAAUCCCUCCGUGGAUUCUUCAGGUAGAGGGCUUCGUGUUCAUUGGCGUCGGGGUCUUCAUGAAGUGGCGUGGCCUCUUGGGAUCGGACAGCGCGGCGCUGACAGGAUUGAGGGCGGCUGUCUUCACUCUAAUGUUGCCAGCGUCACUGCUGCGAAGUACGUGGACGAAGACCCUUGAAGGCGAGCUCUUGGAGCUGCUUCUGUGGUCGGUGGCCAUCCACAUAUUUUGGGUGGGUUGCAGUUAUCUUCUGAUCACUAUGCUAUUCAAGCACGGGUGGCUCCCCAUAGGUGGCGAAUUGCCAGGAUGGUAUUUGUUGACGAUGAGUGCCACAUCUCUGGGAAUGCCUUACGCCUUCAUGGGCCAGGGCGACUUCGGGGAGCGAGCCAUUCCCUCCGCCGUGCUGUACGACCUCGGUGGGAACACCUGGCUGUGUCAGGUCGGCUUCGCUUUUCUGGGGAGCAUCGGUGCAUCGGAGGUCGCGCCACGGCGCUCGUCUGCCGCAGCUGACGCUGAGCUCCCGGCGAUGACAGAGCUCGCGCAGGCCCCUCCCAAGAGUGCGCUCCGCAGCGGCAGCAGCGCGGACCCCACGGCGGUGAGCGGCGGACCGCUGCAGCGAGAGAGGGCAGCGAGGCCAAAGUCUGCGCGGGUUCUGGCUCCAGAAGAUGCAGGGUCCACAGAGGAUUCCUCCAGCCUUGCUGUGGGCGAUGCAGAUCAGCCCCCAGCAUCGGCGGUGCAGAUCGGACCCGAGCGUCUCAUCAUGACGCCGGCGGCAGCGUCCAUGUGCAGCGAUGUGCCGCGCAGGAGCCGCUGCGAUGUACCGCGCAGGACCUGCGGCGAUGUACCGCGCAGGACCCGCCUGUCUCGCGUGAGGCUGACUGUGGCGAACAUUGACGAUGCUGUUGUAGAAGCGCAUGGUGUCAGCACGGUUGCAAUACUGCGAGACAACAUCCUGCUAAACCCAGUCAUCGUUGCGUUUGUCUUUGGGUGUUCUAUGAACGUGCUAGGUGUUUCCAUGCCUUUGAUACUGGAUGAUGUUUGUGAUAAGCUCACCACGUCUUUCUCUUGCAUGAUGUACUUCAUGAUCGGAAGUUGCAUUGAGCUGCGACGGCCCUCGUGGUCCGAUGUAUCUCCUGCUUUUAUCGCGCUGGCGCUUCGCACAUGCCUGCAGCUCGUGACGGUGGUCUUGUUUCCAGUUGUCUUGAUGAUUUAUGGCAGGAGGCUUCUGACUCAGGACGAGAUCGAUUUUGACUUGCGCCGGGCGUUCACCAUGUGCAUGCUUUCUCCGUGCACGAACAUGAUCAUGUUCUGGUCAGGGCAGUACAGCCACUCUGCGGAUCUGUCUGCCUUUUACAUUACUCUGAGCAACCUGUUCUCCAUGCUGUCCCUCGGCGGUGCGAGUGCAUUUCUUCUGAAGUCGGAGUUCGGAAGCGAGCAACCGACUGCGACGGCAGCAUUCACACAUUCCACAGCUUCUUAGAAGGCAUGCUGACUGUUGCCUGGCAGGUGGCAAGGUGAACUCAGUCACCAUGGACAACCCUCUCAAGCGCAUUUGUGCGCACAGCAUCAGCAGCCAGGCUGCGCCGUUGCGCGCAGAGCUUUUACAUCCAGUGGCCUUUGGCCUAGUCCGCCACCCUGCAUCACAUGUAGGAGUGGGGACCAGCCACGGCAAGAGAAAACUGUGUCGGUGCGGGCCUGGCUGUAAUCAAUAAUCAGAAGCCUUUGCCACUGCCCCAGGGAGUUUACUCUCCUCGGGACGCUGUCAAUUUUUUGUAGUGGGCUGGCGUAAGCCUUGGAGAUGCUUCUUCCGCUCGUCCUUCUGGCACAGAGCUCGCCGUCCCACAUUUCGCUUCUCCGGCGCAUCGUGUUAGAGCACGCCUCCUUGCGCGUGCAAGUAGAGCGGCGUGGAAUUGUUGACGCUCCUACUGGGGCGCUGCCCACGCUCCUCAGCUUACCGGGAAACUGGAGGCACACGACGUGGCUGGCUUGAGCGAGAGCUGGACAAGCACGUGGCCGCACGCCUUUCCGGCGCCCGUCCCUCUUGCGACGAGGCGGGCCGGGCACCCGCCUGACUUAAGCAUCCGGCGCGCGUAGAAACAUACACGAACAUUUUUGUUUUGUAUGACGCGAUCGUGUCUUGGUCCGGCUGCUCCGCGCGUGGGCCCAGCCACGUGUGUCUCCAGGUGCCCGGGCCUUGCCCCGAGAUUCCGUCGCCCUACUCUGCACCGCGGCGACGUCAAUAAUCUCGCCGCGCAGCCCGAUCGGUGAAGGCGCGGUGCCCCGCUGUGCGGCGGGGCCGCCGGCUGCCGCUGCUCCUGCUGCUGCUGCCAUGCUAGUGGGGACGGGGAUCGGUCGAAUGAUGCGCACCAACGUCCGCGCCAUCAUGACGGGAGCCAAGCCGCAGUCUUGGACGGCUUCUUACCAACCGUAGUCUGGAGCAGCCUCUUUUUGUUUUCCCCGCCACAAGGUGCAGGUGUGCCAGGCCUGCUGCCCUGGUAGGCCUCGAGCGUGUGUGCGUGCGCGACCGAAAUUUGACACAUCUCGUUGGUGAUGCUGCUGCUCCUCCUCCUCCUCCUCCUCCUCCUCCU